CUUCAAAACACACACCCCCUUUAUAUCCCAUCCCCAUAACUCACCUUCAUUACCAAAUCCCAACACCUAUGUUUUAGUUUUAGCCAUUUUUUCAUUAAUUUUUUUUUAAACUCUAUUUUCAGAACUAAUCAUUCUCAAUCUACAUGGGAGAUUCAAAGAACUUAAUAGAUGAGCUACUACAUGGAUUGGAGUUGGCAAGACAGCUUCAAAUCUAUCUCAACGUGUCUUCUUCGUCCAAUGAAACACGUGAGAUUUUGAUCCAGAAAAUUAUAUCCACGUUUGAAAAGGCACUUGAAAUGGUUAACCGUAAAAGACAUGUUAAUAUGGGUGAGUCUUCAAAGCAACAAUACCCCUCAGCCUCAGGAACACUUGCCAUCCGAAUAUCAGAUUCACCACCUUUGAGCUGUAGUCCACGAAGUGAAGACUCCGACAGAGAUUUUAACCGUGAUCACAAUGCUUCUAGAAAAAGGAACACUCUACCAAUUAGAUGGACAAAACAUAUUCGAGUUGAACCAGGAAUGGCAAUGGAAGGUCCUCUUGAUGAUGGGUAUAGUUGGAGAAAAUAUGGUCAGAAAGACAUCCUUGGAGCCAUGCAUCCAAGAGGCUAUUACAGAUGCACUCAUAGAAACGUUCUAGGAUGUUUGGCAACAAAGCAAGUACAAAGAUCUGAUGAAGACCCAACAAUCUUCGAAAUCACAUACCGAGGAAACCACACAUGCACAAUUGCUUCCAAUGUGGUUGGUCCAACAUUAAAUAAUCCAUUCCAAACACAAGAAACAAAUAUUGUUAACACAAACCCUCAAAGCCUUGAUCAACAAAAACCACCAAAUGAACAACUUUUGAACAACCUACGAACAGGUCUAAGAGUUCAAACUGAGAACCUAGAUUUCCAAAACCAAUCAUUUGUUCCAUUUGGAAACCAUGUACUUGAAAGUAGCUUUGCUGAAAACUUCAAUUCUCCUUCAUAUGUUUCCCCUGCAAAUUCAGGAAUAAGUCACUUCUCGAUGUCUCCAACUCCAAGUGUGUUCCCAAAUAUGGCAAGUGAGAUUAUUCCACCAGCUACUUCUGCUGCAAACACACCAACGGCUUCAAUGGAGUUUCCAUUUGAUCAAUUUGAAUUUGAUGGCCAAAACUUCACCUUCCACAACUCACGAUUUUUCUCUUAAAUACACUAAACUAUGACAAGAAGCUAAUGAAUAUUUUGAUAAUAUUUUUUUUUUUUAGGAGAUUUGAUAAUAAUGUGUUAGAACUAGAUGUUUUGUAUCACUAAGACUCUGCAAAAUCAAGAGGUUGAAUACAUUUGUCCUAGCUACUCAUAUAGUAGGGAUAUGGAAGUGCAAUUUUACAAUUGAAUUAUCAUUGAAAAUUAGAGUUAUGAAAAGAAAUUGGUUUCUAAUUUUAAUGCUUAGUGACAUAAUUAGAAACACAUGCUAUUUUCAUUAAUUUUCGAUGAUAAUUCAAUUUUUUUUAGCUUGACUUACUAGUGCUUCCAUAUGUGCAACAAUGUAAAGUACGCGUUGAAAUGGUCGUUUUAUUCAAGUUGAAAAGAAGGGGGCAAAAAAAGACAAUCCAAUUGAAUUAGUCUUCAAUUCGAUAUCAAAUAA